AUGAGCCCCGAAUCCCCCUUCAAACUCGAACCUCUAACAGUAGAGGACAUCCCAGCCCUAACCGAGCUCUGGUUCGCCGCCUUCUCCAGCCCCCAACUCCGAACCGCCUUCCCAGACACCCCAGGUGUCCGCGCCUGGAUCGCACAGAACAACCUCGACUCGCUCCAAAACCGGCCCUUCCAGAAAUACAUCAAGGUCAUCGACCCCGCAACCCUAGACGCCAAUGGCCGGCCCCGGCUCGUCGCGUACGCGAAAUGGGAUCUAGCGACGCAGGAGGAGCGCGGGGAUAGAUUCUCCGCGUGGGCGCCGGAGAUGCCGAGGGAGAUUCUCGAUCCGUGGUUUCAGGCGAAGGAGGCGAUGAGGCGGAGGCUUAUGCAGGAGAGGAAACACGUUUGUGCAGAUCUGGAUGCCGUUGCCACGCAUCCGGAUUAUCAGCGCCGGGGAGCUGGGGCGAUGCUGCUGCAAUGGGGGUGCGACAUGGCGGAUGAGAUGCGGUUGAGUGCGUAUGUCGAUGCUAGUAAGGAGGGGGCUGGGUUGUAUGCCAAGUUUGGGUUUGUGGAUUUUAGUGAGCCUGGAGCUGAGACGGCGAGUAUGGCGCGGUUUAUUGAUUGA